AUGCGUUGUUUAACAGAAGUCGAGAUAUGUACCAUUGGAUAUAAGUAUGAUUAUCUGAUUGAGAUGCUUUUACAGUGUACCAUCAAUGUGUCCAAUGAAAGUGGACAUUCUGAGUAUCGCUUUACUUUUAUUGUUCGCCAACUAUCAGGACUCAACAUCGACAUUAUUGCUGUUAAUGAAAUUCAUCUCCAUAAGGACAAUAGCCUUAAUGAACAUGGUGCUGGUCAUACACCUUACCGGUCAAGAAAAUCCAAAACCGAAAGCCAUCUCUCAGGAAUUGGCUUCAUGAUUAAAAAUUCCACUAACUUCAAACUCGAAAAUCUGCCGACAGAUCAUUCCGAUCGUAUUAUCUCUCUAUGCUAUUCAUUACACAACAAGCAAUAA